GUGUGUGUUCACGGCACAGUGAAGCCGCGCCCAAACUAGGCGAGAGACACCACCGUCUGCGGCCGUCAUGGACACCUUCUUCCUAUCGCACGGCGGCCCCACGCUCUGCGUCGACGAGACGAUCCCGGCAUGGAGCUUCUUCAAGUCCUGGCUGCCCGCGGCGGUGGCUGGCACGCAGCCGCCGCGCGCCAUCCUGGUGGUAUCGGCCCACUGGGAGACGGCCAUGCCGGCGGUCAACGUCGUUCCCGGCAUCAACGACACCAUCCACGACUUCUACGGGUUUCCCGAGUCCAUGUACCAGCUGAAGUACCCUGCUGCUGGCGCCCCCGAUCUGGCCAGGAGGACCAAAGAGCUCCUGGAACAAGCCGGGUUCGGUCCCGUGGAGGAACACCACGGCCGUGGGCUCGACCACGGUGCGUGGGUGCCACUGAUGCUGAUGUACCCGGAGGCUGACAUCCCGGUGUGCCAGCUCUCGGUUCAUGCCGGCCGCGACGGCACCUACCAUUACAACCUCGGCAAGGCGCUGGCUCCCCUCAGAGCGGAGGGCGUCCUCGUCCUCGGCUCCGGGAGCGCGACGCACAACCUGAGCAAAAUGACACCUCACGAGGCGCCGGUGCCGCAAUGGGCCUCCGACUUCGACACCUGGCUCGAGGAUUCGCUCGUGGGUGGAAGGUACGACGACGUGAACCGCUACGACGAGAGGGCGCCCUACGGCAAGGUGGCGCACCCAUCACCGGAACAUUUUCAUCCGCUGCACGUCGCGCUCGGCGCCGCGGGGGACCAGUCCAAGGCGGAGCUGAUCCACCGUAGCUGGACCAACACCAACCACUCGUAUGCGUCGUAUCGUUUCUCCAAGAAGAACUGACGGCCUCGAGCUGUGUCACUCGGCUCGAUGUCGUGUCACCUCACAGUAGCUGGAUCUAUGCAACCAACGGCAACUGCUCAAGAGCGUGCCUGGUCGUACUAUAUGUAUUGCUUUUUUUUAGGUGAACUAUGGGCAUGUUUGGUUA